CUCAACUCAAGUGCCCCUCAAGCUAGAGCUAUCUAUUACGUAGAUCAGUGCGCGUGACAAAAACGAUCCCGAGCGAGGGAGACACACGCCGGCCAGCCGCCGCCGGUCGAGUUAGUUCGCCGUUGUGCCCUGGCCGGCCACACCGUCUCGUUGGAGAGGUGUCGAGGUGUCGUCGUCCCCGUCCACGGCCGACGUACGUCGUCCGUCCGCGUGCGCAUCGUCGUCGCCAUGGGCUCGUCGUUGAGCUCCUGCUGCGGUUCCGAGAAGGUCGAGCAAGGGUGCGUGAGCUCGUCGCCCAUGAGCAGCACGUGGAGGAUCUUCAGCUACAAGGAGCUGCACGCCGCCACCAAUGGCUUCAGCGAGGAGAACAAGCUCGGCGAGGGCGGCUUCGGCAGCGUCUACUGGGGCAAGACGUCCGACGGCCUCCAGAUCGCCGUGAAGAAGCUCAAGGCGACCAACAACUCCAAGGCGGAGAUGGAGUUCGCGGUGGAGGUGGAGGUGCUGGCCCGGGUGCGCCACCGGAACCUCCUGGGCCUCCGGGGCUACUGCGCGGGCGCCGACCAGCGGAUGAUCGUCUACGACUACAUGCCCAACCUGAGCCUGCUCUCGCACCUCCACGGCCAGUUCGCCGGCGAGGUCCAGCUCGACUGGAAGCGCCGCGUCGCGGUGGCCGUCGGCUCGGCCGAAGGCCUCGUGUACCUCCACCACGAGGCGGCGCCCCACAUCAUCCACCGGGACAUCAAGGCCAGCAACGUGCUGCUGGACUCGGACUUCGCGCCGCUCGUCGCCGACUUCGGCUUCGCCAAGCUCGUCCCCGAGGGGGUCUCGCACAUGACCACGCGCGUCAAGGGCACGCUGGGCUACCUGGCGCCGGAGUACGCCAUGUGGGGGAAGGUCUCGGGAGCCUGCGACGUCUACAGCUUCGGCAUCCUGCUGCUCGAGCUCGUCUCCGGGAGGAAGCCCAUCGAGCGCCUGCCGUCCGGGGCGAAGCGCACCAUCACCGAGUGGGCGGAGCCGCUCAUCGCGCGCGGCCGCCUCGGGGACCUCGUCGACCCGCGCCUCCGGGGCGCGUUCGACGCCGCGCAGCUCGCGCGCGUCGUUGAGUGCGCCGCGCUCUGCGUGCAGGGCGAGCCCGACCGCCGCCCGGACAUGCGCACCGUCGUCCGCAUCCUGCGCGGAGAGAACGUGGCCGCCGCCGCCGCCGCCGCCGCCGCCGCCACGGUGGGGGCGCGUGGUGGUGGCAAAGGGGAGCAGAAGGUGCCGGUGAGGAUCGAGAGCGUCAAGUACGCGGACCGCCUGAUGGAGAUGGACAAGAGCAGCUCCAUGAACUUUGGGGCGUUUGGCGCCAUGCCAGUGCAGCAGACGAUGCAGGACCCCUACGUCAAGAGGUUCUCGGGGAAUGCUAAUGCUAUCAAGAUCUAA